AUGACAAUUAAAGAUAAAUGUCGAUGGAAGUAUUUGUAAUAAUACUUCUGAAGGAGCAACUAAUUCGAAUCCUAUGGCAGCAAGCUUAAAAUUUUGUGAAAAGCCUCAAACGACUCCAGCAGCGACAGAAUACGAAUCUAAUAACAAAAAAAAUAGGCAUGAUGAUAAUGAUGGUCUUUCAGCAUCCAAUUCGACUACAUCAAAACUUGUAGCAGAAAAAUUUCUCUAGCAAAAAAAAUUGGGCUGCACUUCCGCCUUGGCCCUUAGCAUGUGUUCUUCACAACAAUCAAAUAUUACUUUUUCAAAAGAAUAUGAAAAAAUAGAUACUAAACAACUUGGAAAUAGCUCACUAUAUGUCAUUAAAAAUACAGAUGAUAUGAUUGUGACUCCAUUUAAGCAACUUUAUAAUCCUGCUCCUACACUUCCAAUACACUCUCCACAUUCUCCCGGGCAUCUAAAUUCCUAUCCUAAUAUUCAUCAAAGAAAACUUUCCGGUCGGUACAUAGAUAAUAAAAUGGUCAAUCAAAAGUCUGCUAAAAAACUACUUAGUGCUAAACAAAUGACUGAAAACCCGGGUUUUUUCAGUGAAGGAGAAAAAUUAACAGCCACAACAACUCGUCCAAGCAAAGUGUGUAGAUGUACAAAACCACUAAAUCAGCAUGAUUGUAUACGAAAUUCUGCAAUAAAUUCUAUUGUUAAGGAUGACCAGAAAUGCGAUUUGGUAAAUUCGAUGCAUGGAAACGUCUCGAAUCAAAAAGAUAAGAAUGUUGAUGGAGAUGAAUUGCACAUACGCAAAAAUGAAAUAAGUGAUUUUAAAUUUAAAAAAAUAAAUAAAAUUGCGUCAAAGGUAAAUCCGCAACCUAGAUAUUCUCUUGGGGCUCAAGACAACCAUAAUAGACCUGAAUGUAUAAUUAAAACUAGUAAAUCUGAGCAGACAUCUCCAAACAUUGUCGAUUAUAAAAGAUCAAUUUUUGACUAUGUUUAUAAUAAGAGUACAGAUUCGUUGCUGCGAGUUUCUAGUAUGGACCCAUGGAUAAAAAAAAAUGAGUUGCUGGAGUAUGGCGUAAAUGAAGUAAAAACAAGUUCAGCAGACCCUUGGAUUAAACGUCCAAGUAGUGAUCACAAAAAAUCACCGUGCUCUAAAGAAAGAUUUAAGAAUGGGCAAUUAAUAUCGGGUUGUGCAAAAUCAGAUUUCCUUCUGGAAGCAAAACAAAAAUCUUACUUAAAACCAGAUAUGCCGCAACAAAAAAUACUUCGAAAUGGUGAAUCUAUACUGUCAGCACCUCCUUCCCCUAAUUCUAAAAAUGCAUAUAAUAGUACUAUAAAUUAUUCACAAAGCAAAAGUUUUCCGACAAAAUCAGCCAGUUUUUCACCAGCUAGAGGUAAGCCUUUACUUAGUUCAUUUGAAGAUUCCUUAUACGUCAAUUUAACAUCACUUCAAUCAACACCAAUAAAAUCCAAUUAUGUUAAAAAUCAAAAACAAUUAAGAUUCACAGAAAAUAUCACUUCCAAUCAUUUAAAUGUAUACACUUCCAAUAAUUUGCAGUGUAGGCACAGCUUUUCUUCAUUAUCUAAACCAAAAGAUGAACUGCAACUAAAUAUCCGUCGUCUAUCGGAACAAAUGAGUCAAAUGGACUAUGUACAAUUUUUAUUGACUAAUAAUAGCAAUGUUAAUAAUAAAGAGUAUGAUGUGACGAGAACUGUUGUCCAAAAUGCACAAACUUACGAAUUUCCAAUGUCACCUACUGAAUUGAAUAUAACGGAUAACAUCGGUUUUAAAAAGAUAUUGAAAUUUCAAGAAAAUUGUCACACUGCUAAAAACAACCCUAAAUUUUCAACAGUUCUAGAUAAAACAAAACUGUAUAUUAGCCAGCAAGAGCCAAAUCCAAUGCCAGAAACCACCUGUUAAACUAUUGUUCGAAAUUGGAUUCGUAAGAUGUGCUUAUGUACUUCUGUAUGUCUAUAUAUACAAAUCAAAAUAAGUUAAAUUAGAAUAUAUAAUACAUAA